CAGAGACCAAGGAGUUAGGGCGACGUCUGCCUGAGAGAGCUCACUUCCGGCUGGCUUGCCUCCCGACAGUGUCGCGCGAGGGGGCGGGGCCGGGCCGGCCGUGCUGACUGGCAGCCGGGGUGGUGGGCACUGUGCAAUGGCGGGGGAAGAGGGACUCAUGUCUGAAGUAAGCUGGAAGCUCUUGGAACGACGAGCCCGGGCCAAGCGCUCAGGCUCAGUUUAUGAACCUCUUAAAAGCAUUAAUCUUCCAAGACCUGAUAAUGAAACUCUAUGGGAUAAGUUGGAUCAUUAUUACAGAAUUGUCAAGUCAACGAUGCUGACAUAUCAAAGCCCAACUACAGGUCUCUUUCCUACUAAAACUUGUGGUGGAGAUCAGAAGUCCAAAGUGCAUGAGAGCCUGUACUGUGCUGCGGGUGCUUGGGCCUUGGCUCUGGCGUACAGGCGCAUUGAUGAUGACAAGGGAAGGACCCAUGAGCUGGAGCACUCGGCCAUAAAGUGUAUGAGAGGAGUUCUCUACUGCUACAUGCGGCAGGCUGAUAAGGUCCAGCAGUUCAAGCAGGAUCCCCGGCCCACGACGUGUCUACACUCUGUUUUCAAUGUGCACACUGGGGAUGAAGUGCUCUCCUAUGAAGAAUAUGGCCAUCUUCAGAUAAAUGCAGUCUCACUCUUUCUCCUUUACCUGGUGGAAAUGAUUUCCUCAGGUCUCCAGAUAAUCUAUAACACGGAUGAGGUCUCUUUUAUUCAAAACCUUGUGUUUUGUGUAGAGAGAGUUUACCGUGUUCCCGACUUCGGUGUCUGGGAAAGAGGAAGCAAAUAUAACAACGGCAGCACAGAACUGCACUCGAGCUCUGUUGGUUUGGCAAAAGCAGCCUUAGAAGCGAUUAAUGGAUUUAACCUCUUUGGAAACCAGGGCUGUUCUUGGUCAGUUAUAUUCGUGGAUCUCGAUGCUCACAACCGCAACAGGCAGACGUUGUGUUCACUGUUACCCAGAGAAUCACGCUCUCAUAACACAGAUGCUGCCCUGCUCCCGUGCAUCACCUACCCCGCCUUUGCCCUGGACGAUGAAGCUCUGUUCAGCCAGACACUCGAUAAAGUGAUAAGAAAAUUAAAAGGGAAAUAUGGAUUUAAGCGUUUCUUGCGAGAUGGGUACAGAACGCCCCUGGAAGACCCCAACAGACGCUACUACAAACCAGCGGAGAUUAAGCUGUUUGAUGGCAUCGAAUGUGAAUUUCCCAUAUUCUUCCUUUACCUGAUGAUCGAUGGUGUUUUUAGAGGCAAUCUUGAACAAGUCAAGGAAUAUCAGGACCUGUUGACACCUUUGCUUCACCAGACCACAGAAGGAUAUCCUGUUGUACCAAAGUACUAUUAUGUGCCAGCUGACUUUGUAGAAUAUGAAAAAAGAAACCCUGGUAGUCAGAAGCGGUUUCCUAGUAACUGUGGCCGUGAUGGGAAAUUGUUUCUUUGGGGACAAGCUCUUUAUAUCAUUGCAAAACUCCUAGCUGAUGAGUUAAUCAGUCCUAAAGACAUUGACCCCGUCCAUCGCUUUGUCCCACUUCAGAAUCAACGUAACGUGAGCAUGAGAUUCUCUAAUCAGGGCCCACUGGAAAAUGACUUGGUGGUUCAUGUGGCACUUGUAGCAGAAAGCCAACGCCUUCAGGUCUUCCUCAAUACUUACGGGAUUCAGACUCAAACGCCCCAGCAGGUGGAGCCUAUUCAGAUCUGGCCUCAGCAGGAGCUCGUGAAAGCUUAUUUCCACCUGGGUAUCAAUGAAAAGUUGGGUCUGUCUGGAAGGCCAGAUAGGCCCAUUGGCUGCCUUGGUACUUCAAAGAUUUACCGCAUCCUAGGAAGGACCGUGGUUUGUUACCCUAUCAUCUUCGACCUCAGUGAUUUCUACAUGUCUCAGGACGUUCUCCUGCUCAUAGAUGACAUAAAGAAUGCACUACAGUUCAUUAAGCAGUAUUGGAAAAUGCAUGGACGCCCACUUUUUCUUGUUCUCAUCCGGGAAGACAACAUAAGAGGUAGCAGAUUCAACCCCAUAUUAGACAUGCUGGCAGCCUUUAAAAAGGGGAUAAUUGGAGGAGUCAAAGUUCAUGUUGACCGUUUACAGACAUUGAUAUCUGGAGCUGUAGUAGAACAGCUUGACUUUCUGCGGAUUAGCGACACAGAAAAGCUUCCAGAGUUUAAGAGCUUUGAAGAACUAGAAUUUCCCAAGCAUUCAAAAGUCAAACGACAGAGCAGUACUGCAGAUGCUCCUGAACUGCGACAGGAGCCAGACAUCACCAUCACAGAGUGGAAAAACAAAUCCACCCACGAAAUCCUUCAGAAGCUUAAUGACUGCGGUUGUCUGGCUGGCCAAACCAUCCUGCUGGGUAUACUGCUCAAAAGAGAGGGCCCUAACUUCAUCACGAUGGAAGGAACUGUGUCUGAUCACAUUGAGAGGGUGUACAGAAGAGCUGGCAGCAAAAAGCUUUGGUCGGUUGUACGCCGUGCAGCAAGUCUUUUAAAUAAAGUAGUGGACAGCCUGGCCCCAUCCAUUACUAAUGUUUUAGUGCAGGGCAAACAGGUAACCCUAGGUGCCUUUGGACACGAAGAGGAGGUCAUCUCUAAUCCACUAUCUCCAAGAGUGAUUAAGAACAUCAUCUAUUAUAAGUGUAACACCCAUGAUGAGAGGGAGGCUGUCAUUCAGCAAGAGCUGGUCAUCCAUAUUGGCUGGAUCAUCUCCAACAACCCCGAGCUGUUCAGUGGCAUGCUGAAAAUCAGAAUUGGGUGGAUCAUCCAUGCCAUGGAGUACGAACUGCAGAUCCGUGGCGGGGAUAAGCCAGCUGUGGACUUGUACCAGCUCUCGCCCAGUGAGGUUAAGCAGCUGCUGCUCGACAUCCUGCAGCCUCAGCAGAGUGGGAGAUGUUGGCUGAAUAGACGUCAGAUUGAUGGGUCACUGAAUAGAACACCCCCAGGAUUCUACGACCGCGUGUGGCAGAUCCUGGAGCGCACACCUAAUGGUAUCGUUGUAGCUGGCAAGCAUUUGCCACAGCAACCAACCUUGUCAGAUAUGACCAUGUAUGAGAUGAAUUUUUCUCUCCUUGUUGAAGAUAUGUUGGGAAACAUUGACCAGCCAAAGUAUAGACAGAUCAUUGUAGAGUUACUAAUGGUUGUAUCCAUUGUGCUGGAAAGAAAUCCUGAGCUAGAAUUUCAAGACAAAGUGGAUCUGGACAAACUGGUCAAAGAAGCGUUUCAUGAGUUUCAAAAAGAUGAGAGCCGGCUAAAAGAAAUCGAAAAGCAAGUAUUUCAUCAGAGCCUGGCUACACACAGACCUGGGACUCCUUGUCAAGAACACUAGGAGUUUGAGCUACCCACUACCACCACCACCACCACCACCACCACCACCACCACCACCACCACCAAACUCUUUACACGAUGUAUCUCAAUAAGACAUCACCAAUGCUAUGAUGAACACAAUGGUAUUGCUUCCUUUCUACAAAAGAAACUGUGUGGUGACAGGGCAGGGGCAGACUUGGUUGGAAUCAAGUCUGUAGGAUUCUGUAUCUGGACUCUGAACUUCACUAACUGGCUUAACUUUUUAAGCUAUCUAGUUUGGGUUUAUUUUUGUACCAUCUACAUUCCUUUUUGAAAAUUACAUAACGGCUAUAGAAAGUGAUCCUGAAGUUAUGUUCUGGAUGAUAUCUCCAAAGUUUCAUUUCCAUUGCAUCUCCAGACCUCCUUUGCCCUUAGUGGCAUUCCUCAGCACAACUAAGAACAUUCUCACCUAGAAACAGGACAUUUGGUUGUCUUGCAUUUUGGGUGUUGUCUUGGGUUUGAUUCCAAAGCCACAGUUUUCAUGUGCUUGGUACAUUUGACUGAUAGGGACAGCAGGGCUUGUAGAUAUUAUUCCCUAUCUAGAAGCUCAUUAUUAUUCCUGGUCUUAACCCGGCAUGCUGGUGCAUACCUGUAAUCAUCAUACUCAGGAAUUAGAGGCAGGAAGUUCAUAGUUCAAGGCUAGCCUGGGCUGCAUAGGGGAUUCUUGGAUUUGGUUCAUCCAUAUGCCAUGAUCAAGAGUAUAUAUGAUAAAGAUUGUCUUAGUUUUUUUCAUUGCUGUGAUAAAGACCAUGACCUCGAGCAACCUGAGAAGGAGAGGGUUUAUUCCGGCUUACAAUUCUCAGGUCACAGUUCAUCAUGAAGGGAAGGCGGAACCUGGAAGCAGAGGCUGUGGAAGAGUGGGGCUUCCUAGCUUGCUCUUUUUCUUUGUAUUCCUUUAUAAGAGUGAUUAUCAAUGUCCAUGCAACAAAGUCAAUAUUACACUACCUUGAAAUAUCCUCCUUCAAAAUAAAUUAGUCCAUUGCUUUAAAUUUAGUCUCCGGCAAACUCUUAGGACACAAAAAGAAAGCAGUUGCAUUCUUUGCCAAGAUAUCAUAAUACUGGUCUCUGGCCCAGAUGCUAAUGUUGUUUUCUUCUGAAACCUCUUGAGUUGGAUCUCCCCAGCUAGUGCAUAGCUCUCAGCACUCCUGUCUUCCAAACUCUUAAUGGAAUAACCCAUUAAGUUCUGUUUAUGUCAUCAUUUCAUUGCUUUCCUCAUUCAAAAUACCAAACUCUUUUCACAGUCACGUUUAUCAUAACAAUACCUACAACCUGGUACCAGUUUCUGUCCUAAUUACUUUUCCAUUGCUGUCAAAACAUAACUAAGGCAGGGGCUGGGGAUUUAGCUCAGUGGUAGAGCGCUUACCUAGGAAGCGCAAGGCCCUGGGUUCGAUCCCCAGCUCCGAAAAAAAGAACCAAAAAAAAAAAAAAAAAAAAAAAAAAAACAUAACUAAGGCAACUAAUAAAAUAAAGCAUUUAAUUUAGCUUAUGGUUUUAUGGGAGUAGAGUCCAUGAUGGCCAGAGCAAAGGCACAGUAGCAGAAAUAGCUAAGAACCAGCAUGUGGAUCCAGAAGCAGGAGGCAGAAAGAAGUAACAAUAAUGGCAUGAAUCUUUUGAAACUGCAAAGUCCAACCCCAGUACUUUUUCCAGCAAGGCCCCUAAUCCUCCUAAUCAUCCCCUAACAGCCACCAACUGGAGACCAAGUAUUCAAACAUAUGAGCCUCUGAACAAUGUUCUCAUUCAAACAAUAUCUGGGGCUUUCUAAAUGAUGAUCUUGUCCUAAUUCUAGAGAGGAGGAAAAUAGAUCAAAAGCUCUGAGGGUUGAGGGAGGGAAGCAGCACGGAAGGUAGGCAGAUGGACCAAUGGUAGUGUUUAUUUUAAAUGGUUCCUUUCAACCCAGAAGUUCAGUGUGGAAGUCACUUCUUAUUUUUCCAAUUAGAUACACACCACUUCUCAGACACCAUAAAAAAGAACAGUGAUCUAGAGAAGUUGUAAAGGCUUUUUUUUUUUUUUUUUUUUUUUUUUUUUUUUUUUUUUUUUUUUUUGCGCUACUAUAGGAGAGAAAAUGAAGCUCUCAUGGGGAACCUGGGAUCCAGAUGUUAAUUGUAAUCAAAACAGUAGAGUGGCUCCCCUAUUGGUACUACUGGGAAUUAUUAUGCUCAUUCCCCUUUCCUCUCAUAGCCUAUCCUUUUAGGAUUCUUUGGUCUCCCAGGAGAAUGAGACAAAGACUGAGCUGGUCACUUUUUGUCACUGAGAAAAUAUAUCCUACUGCUAAAUGUUACCCUCUGCCCAUCCAUGGUUAGGCUCAAGUCUCUAUUUCCUUCCACUCAUUGAAGCAGAAUGGAAUGUCUGUAAACACUUUGUUCAGUCUGUAAAUGAACCAUGGUCUUUAACAAAUGUCUCUGUGAUUCAGCUCAGGCUAGUCACAAUCUUCCAGCUGUGGUCCCAUAUCUCAAAUGUGUUACUGUCUUUGAUUUUAUUGAAGAGACAUUGUUAAGUCCUCUUGUCCUCUAGACUCUUGAGGUUGUAUAUCUUUCUAUCCUGAAAUGCCUGAAAUGUCAAGUCGUUCCCACAAUUGUAGCCUCAGGGAUUCACUACUCCAGGCUUUAUUCCAUAAAGUCACUUCCCUUUAUAGAACAUGUAAGAAUUCUGAGGCCAGAACUCAACAAAGGUUAAGUAAACUGGGUAUCAGCAUCCAGCACCUUGCAGUUCAUGCUGAACAUAGAGCAGAAGCUGAAUAUAUGUUUGCUGAUUGCAUUUUUUUAAAGUGAGAAAACAAUAAAUAAAAUGAAUGGAGGCUUGUCUAAGAGGAGAUAUGAUUGAAAACCACAUCUAGAAGCAGGAAAGUGACUAGUGGCGGUUUUCCGAGUCUUAUAUGUGACUGCACAGUUAGAGGAAUUGAGCAAACCUGUACUUAUUUAUCUCAUCUAGGGAAAAAAUGUAAACUUGGCAUUUAUGAGAACAGCUGAUGAAUGGCUUUAGUCAUUUGAAAGCAAAAAGCUGAGGAUUCCAACCUUGCUUCAUAAAAAUAGCUUUUGAAUCACAUCUGAAGUUGGGAGGUUUUACACAAAUGAAUACCACAGGUGAUUUUUCAACUUCCAUUGAACUGGGAAGUAAAUGACUAGAUCCAGCAGAUUCAGCAGCUAGGAAGUCGCUCUUUUUUCAUUGUUUAAAAUUGUUCUUUGACAGUUCCGUGCAUGUUUAUACUGCUUUCUGUUUAAGCUCACUCCCACACUCUAAUCUCCCUCCUACCCAUUUUAUUCCAGAUCCCUCACUAUGGGUCGUGUCCACGACCACACUAUUGUGCUUUGUGUUUGUUUUGUGACCAUCUUAUUUUAUCCAAGACGACCCAUGCGACCAUAGUUGUGGAAUGAUCCCUGGGAGCCUGAUGGGCUCACACUUGGUACCCAGCUGAAAGCAGUGACUCUUUUAGGAUUUGUCAGUUGCCAAAGGUUUAUUGAGGAGAGGGCAGGGCUCAUGAGCUCCUCCUUUGUCAGUGAGUGGCUGUCAACAGGCUUAGAGCAUGCUGGUCAAGUGCAGGCAACCACAGCUACUGUGGGAUAAUAUUUUCAGUGGCUGUACUAUGCCCUAAAGAUUGUGUUUCAAACUCCCUAUCCUCUGGUUCUUACAUUCACCCCCAUCCCCUGCUCCUUGCAAUCUCUCUUGCAAUACCCCCUAAACCUUAGAAGGGGUAGCAAGGAUAGUUCUAGCUGCAUCAAAUACCAGGCCAUUCAUUUUCUGUCAGGGAUGUAUAGGGUGGUACCAAUGUAGUUCAUCAUCUUUUGUUCCCUAGCUUCAAUAGGGUGGUAGCUGGUAGCCAUUUGAUGUAUACUCAUUGUACCAGUGAUAAAUUCCUUAGACUUGUUAGCUAAGAAGAAACCCAGGCUUGCAGUGCACAGUAUGCAUUUAUGUUGGCAACUUGUUUUACUACAAAUUGGAAAGAAUAUACGUACUCUUCCCUCAAGAGAAACUGCUAUCCCCAGCAGAGUACAGCAAAAUGUAGGAAACAAAUGAGAAAAUACACUGAAAGUAUUUUGCUAAUGCUUCAAGAAUUCCUCCUCUGGGAAAAUGUAAACAAGGACUAUCCCCUACUCCUAGGGUCCCAAUAACAAACCAAGAGUACUUUGAGACUAUCAAUGAGUGUGUGGGCUUACUUACCGAGCAUGGGUGAGGAUUUAUGGAUGACCACAACCAAGCUUCACUGAAAAGUCUUCACCUAGCAUGGACCGAUGGUUUCCCAAUGAUUGGAACUCCCUUCGUUAGUCUUUCCCAUUCUACACACCCAUGCCCUUCCCAAGACUCCUUGGGGUCACAUUGGGCUCAAUGAAGGCAGAAUUUCUACAAAUGGCUAGGAGGAGCUGCUGGACUCUAAUGAACUUCCCUACCCACUUCUGUGUGGAAAUGUCUACCCAGAGUCAAGUUGCCCGAUGGCAAUGGACUCUUGCAAAGAGGCGAAGCUGCUCUGAUGAAAAUGGAGAACUAUAUUACAAAACAACUAAUUGGCACAUUGCCAUACAAUUAUUGAGCUUUUCUUGGCAUCAGAUAUGUUUGCUCAGAUGUUAAAUAGUAUAUGAAAUCAAGUUUUCCACAUACACACAAACAGGCAUUGUGGUAUGAAUGUGAGUAUGUGAAUGUCUGCUAUGUUAAUAAUAGUGACUGUCAUGGGGAAACAGGAAACACUGCUCUCAGAACAAGCACUGGAGUCUGAGUGGAGAAUUGAAAGAGCAUAUUCACAUCAGCGGAUUUAUGGAAGCAACCUACUAAAAGCUGAUUCCCAGCUCUAGUCCCUCGGGAUAUUUAUAAGUGGUACAGCAUCGAUCUCUGCUUUUUUUCAUCAUUGGUGAAUUCAAGUUUUAGCCUACAUAACAAUGCUAACAUCUGACUUAGAUAGGGUGUGUCUAUUGCUAUGAUGAAACAUGACCAAGAACAAACAGCAUGGUGGAGAGGAAAGGGUUUACUUGGCUUACACUUCCAGAUCACUGUCCAUCAUUGGAGGAAGUCAGGACAGGAACACAAAUAGGGCAGGAACCUGGAUGCAGGAGCUGAUGCAGAGGCCAUGGAGGGGUGCUGCUUACUGGCUUGCUUUCCGUGGCUCCCUUAGCCUACUUUCUAACAGAACCCAGGACCACCAGCCCAGGAAUGGCACCACCUACAAUGCACAGGGCCCUCACCAUUAAUUAGUGAUUAGUUAAUCACUAAUUGAGAAGCUGCCUUACAAUCAGAUCUUAUGGAGGCCUGUUCUUAAUUGAGGUUUCCUCCUUUUAAAUGACUCCACCUUGACAUAAAACUAACCAGCACAUCUAAGGUUCUUGGUCAGGUUUAUUUAGAAUUAAAGAAUUAGAGGGCAGGAAAAAUUUCAAACAGGGAAAAUGUCAAACACAGCAGACAAGUGCAGAGAGAACCAGCUGACAAAAUACCCCUUUUAUUAGGGCUGAGGGAUCAUGCCUACUGAAGACACACAGAGAAAAAAAAAACCUUCAAAGCAGAGGGGCACCGAGGAAGUAGGAACCUAGCCUCUCCUUGGGGGCUUGGCUAAAGUCUUUGAAGGAUUGUCCCCUAAUUUAGGGUUGGUCAAUUUGAAGAAAGACAAGAUGCUUUAUUAGCCUACAACUGUGUGUAAACAUGUCCUAAUGGAGUCUUGAACUUGUCUAGACAGCCCAUGAACACAGGACCCUACUGGUAAGAGAGAGAACCCAUCAAGCCUUAAUUGUAAGCUGCCAGGAUUUGGUCUCAGGUCAGGAGUGUGAGGAAGAAGCUGACCAUCUUGGAGGUUUACCAUCUCUAUUUUCUACUCAGGGACCUUCUCCCUGUCUGUCUGCAUACCAGGAAAUCUGUCUAACUCGUAGUCUUUUAUUCCCCCAUAUUCCCCUAACUGUUUCUAGGAGCUUGGGGGUGAUGACCACUUUAGCUUCUUUGAGAGAAGGAGCGAUGUGGGGGGGGGGUAGCAUUCGAAAUGUCUCAGGAGAGGGCCUAUCUAAUGUGCCAUGCUAUAAGAACAUGAACAUAAGAAUUCAGAGCACGAGACGAACAUUUGGUGCUAGGUGCAUCUGAGCGUGCUAUGCGUGUGAGGUAGCACCUGUAACCCACAGAGUGUGAAACUAUCAGUACUACUAUAAUUCCUACCACAAGCAUAGGUGGGAAAUAGCUAUGGAUGCUUUGCCUUUAUUAGAGGAAGAGAACAUGUCCAUUAGAAGAUGUAACUCCUAAAGGAGGAUCGAGAACUCGAGAUAUCUUUUACCAAGCUCAGAAAGUCCCCUCUAUUACAACCUUGUGGAGAACAUCAAGGCAAAGUUAAUGAGGAAAAUGCUUUGACAUUGUGAUUAACUCAAGGCUUAGUAAGGUAAAGCAUAAUCGUGCAGCUGGGUAGACUGUACAAGAGCCCCGUAGAAGGGUAACAUCAGAGCAGUAGUCUUCUCUGUAUCUAGACUGAUGUAAGUUUUAUUUCACAGAUCAAAGUGUAACUGUACAGUCAGCUGUUUGAUAUGACAGGCAUGAGGAGAAAAUGACAAGAAACUUUAUAAGAGAAGUCAGUUAACGUAGUUGUGCCAUUAGCAGUGCCUUCCCCCAGUAUUCGAUGCCUCUGCCUGUGUGUCUACCAGGUGUCAUGGCCAGAGGGAGUGGAAACUAUGCUCCAAACCUGAGAAAAAUCCAGACUCUAUUUGUGGAGGUCACAAGCGGACAUCAGCAUCUAAUUGACAAUCUGAAAGAGAAAUUUCUUUCUUUCUUUCUUCCUUUCUUUCUUUCUUCCUCUCUUCCUUUCUUUCUUUCUUUCUUUCUUUCUUUCUUUCUUUCUUUCAUAUAGGAUCAUCAGGCAUAUUCUGCUCCUAUAUCUUGAAUAUUUUCCUUAAACCUAUGAGUAUAACAACAGCCUCCUUUAGUUGGGGAGCAUGGGAUGUUAGGGUGAAGAGGGAAACAUUGCAGCUGUGAGAAGAAUUCCUUCAGAAAGAGUGUUCCACAGUUGGUAAAUAUGGUUUGGGUUUUGGCUUUUGGUCUUUAGAUUUGGCUUCAGCAUUUACGAAGCUAGGUUUGUUUAUCUCACCUAUAGAUAGACACUACAUUCUGAAUUAAUCCAAGGCUUGUCCUAUAUCUGGG